GCCGCACCUUCCUUUCUAGUUUUCAAGUAAUCUAUUGAGGGUGAGUCUGCAUGCGUCUGGUUGCUGGCGGACCCCCUCCCUAAACACACACACACACACACACACACGCGCGCGCGCGCGCGCGCACACACACACACACACACACACACACACACACUCUCCUUCCCCCAUCGGUCUCUUGCAGACAAGGCGCGUCUCCGAGGGUUGGGUUGAAUGGGAAAGAACGGGGCCGUCUUUGUCAUUAAUCCUCCCCUCCUUCGGGCGAGCCAAGCUUCUUCCGGGUCAGCGACAAUCACCGCCACCCCAAUCAGGCCCGCGGUCCCCCAUCCCGCUAGUCCCGUGCGCGCGAGGGCCAGGUCGCCACCGCCCGCAGGUUGCGGGAGGGGAGGAGGGCGAGGAGGAGGAGGAGGAGAAGGGCGGGCGGCGCGGGAGAGGGGGAGGGAAGGAGGGAGGGAGGGGACGGCAAUCCGAGGAGGAGGAGGAGGAGGAGAGAGCAGCCUCCCGCAGCUGGCGAGGAGAAUGGGAGUGCGGGGCGCCAGACCGCCGCGGGGUGUCACGGCCGCGGCCGAGCUCGGCAGGCGCGGAGCAGGCGCCCGCCGCUUUUAAAGCCGGGAGGGCGCGGCGGCGGCGGCGGCGGGCGGAUCGCGGCGCGCGCGGGGCGCCGGGCGGCGGCCGGAUGGAGAGGAAGGGCUCGGCGGCCGCGGCCAAGGGGAACCCGAGCCCGCCCGCGGCUGGCGAGGCGCAGCGGCCGCCGCCGCCACUGUGCGUCCCGGGCGGUGGUGGUGGCGGCGGCGGCGGCGGCGGCGGGGUCCCGACGCGCGGCCAGGUUGGGGCGGCGGCCGAGCCCGCCGAGUUCAUCCGGCGGGCGCACGAGUUCAAGAGCCAAGGGGCGCAGUGCUACAAGGACAAGAAAUUCCGCGAAGCCAUAGGCAAAUACCACAGGGCGUUGCUGGAGCUGAAGGGGCUGCUGCCGGCGCCCGCGGAGCAGGAGCGGGACUCGCGCGCGGCCUCCCCGGCAGGGGCCCCCAACCCCGGCCGCCUCUCGGAGGAGCAGAGCAAGACAGUGGAAGCCAUCGAGAUCGACUGCUACAACAGCCUGGCAGCCUGCCUGCUCCAGGCCGAGCUGGUAAACUAUGAACGAGUCAAAGAGUAUUGCCUCAAAGUCCUGAAGAAAGAAGGAGAGAACUUCAAGGCCCUUUACCGGUCUGGUGUGGCCUUCUACCACCUUGGAGACUAUGACAAAGCCCUCUACUACCUGAAAGAAGCAAGGACCCGACAGCCGACAGACACCAACGUGAUCCGGUAUAUCCAGCUGACAGAGAUGAAACUCAGCAGGUGUUCCCAGAGAGAGAAGGAAGCCAUGUAACCAGAGCACCUCCCUAGAGCUGCACCUGCGCCAGACCUGGGACUUCAGGUGAAGAGCCCGAUGAAGAGCCCCUCCUGGGUUUUGUUCCCUUCUCCCCACUUCUUCCGGCUCCCCCUCCUUCCUCCUGCUACUCCUCCACAAUCUGUCUGCUCCCGGUGUGAAGAGAAGGAGACACGCAGUCUGGGAAUCUGGUCGGUUGCCUGCAAUGGAGAGUCCCCUUCUCUAGUAGGUCAGCUACUGAGAGGGACCUCGCUUCUUCGGGGACAGCUGGAGAGGACUCUUACGGGCUGGGAAUGCUGUUGCAGCCUUGACUUUGGCCAGUGCUUCUGACGCAGGCAGAGCCUGGUAGGUGUACCGUCGUCCCAGAGGCAGCAGGCACGGAGACCACGGGCUGGACCCCUCCACACUUUCCCGACACGCCAGAGCAUCUCCAGGCAACCGUGUCGAAUGCGGGGAUGAGACAAACACCAGAAGCAUCGGUUAAGCCAACAGACCCUGAAUUUGUACACUGGAUUCCCCACCCCGACCCCCCGUAACCUCAGCCCCUGCCUCCCUCCCUCACUUGUUGUCUCGGCUUUCUUCUCUCCCCGCUUGGGGAUCUGAGACUCUGCCAGGUUUCACAUGCCACUGAAGCCCACUCUCAGUGCCCUCUGGUGACCACACAUACCAUUCUGCCAUACUCCCACCCAGCAGGCAGCUGUGACAGCAGAGGGGCAGGGUGAAGUGGGCCCGGGGCCGACCGCAUAGGUGACGGAGGGGAGGGGAGCUGACGUCCAGGGGAAGGAGCAUUGUAUGGACUGGGGAUCGAACUGUGGACCGAGUGUAAAUAAAGAUACAUUAACGGGCAGCAGUUCCUGUCAUUUCUGUUGGAAGCGGCCCACUCUCUCACUGUCCCUCCCUCUCCCAACUCUCAGAGCUACUUCCAGCCGGGCAGGACUGGCUUAUCCCACAGCAAUGGGCCGUUUGUCUGGUGGUGAACAAUGUUGGCCGCCACCUUUGUGCAGUAGAGUGGGCUGGUGUCGUGGAGACUGCCCAGGGACUUGGCUUUGUGGGAACUUGCACGGCCUCCUUGUGAUGAAAUUAUCUGGACUCAAUAUCUAGCACAUAGAAUGUGUUCAACAAAUAUUUGUUGAAUGAAUAAAUUAUGACUGCAGACUGGCUCCCUCCUGCCUUAAACGAAUUUUAUCCCAGCCUAGUCUCCCGAUAUCUACGCUCUUUACGCUAUGCCAUGUUGCUCCAGUCAAAUAAGAAGCAUUUACUGAGGGCUUACUGUUUGCCCAUCGUCGUGCAAUACACUGUGGGACAUAGGAUGUAGUCCCAGUCUUUAAGGAGGUGGAAGAGUUGAGAAAUACUCCUAUGAGAUGAUCACCACUGACACCUUUAAUUUAUAUGACGCUUUAAAUUUUUCAAAGCACUUUCGUGUAUUUUUUUGUGUGACUAGUGAGACAACAUUGUACAAAUUAAAAUAUAUACAGAUGCAAUAAUGUUAAUAGUUAGCAUUUAUUAAAUGCACUGUCCUCAGAUCUUUAC